AUGUCUAUUACUUUGAAUACAUGCACUAAUAUUCAAGGAGUAGACGGAAAAGAAUUUUCAUAUGCUGAUAACAUUAAUGGACAGCAGCUUCUUGAGCAAGCUCUUACAAAUCUCGGAAUUCCACCAUCCGGAAAUUACCGCGCGCUUGCUUUAAGAAAAGGAACGACUCUUACUUGGAUUGAUCCCAAGAAGAACAUCGUCCAUUACCAUCUAAAAGAUAAAUCCAACUUGUAUUUGUUAAAAGAAAAACAACCAAUUUCGGUUGAGACAACAUCUGGUGCCAAGAAGAAACUGCUCGUCGAUAUUACUCAAAAGUGCAGCGAGUUAGUUAAGUUCAUUGCUGAUAAAUUCAAAAUUGAACAUUCGAAUGGCUACGCUAUCUUCACAAUUGACAAAGAAGGCGUACGCCAUUCAACAGAUUUGGACUUAACACUUCCUCAGCAGUCAUCAGAAUACGAAAAUAUCUUCUUUACUCGUCGCUAUUUCUGUUUCCUUAAGAGCCACCUUGACGACAAAGGCGGAGCUCUAUUCAUCUACAACGAUGUUAAGUUGCACAUCUUCCAAUCGAAGCUUACUGUAACUCAUGACCAAGCUGUAGAAAUGGCAUUGCUUUCAUUAUACGUUGUAGCGAACAGUACAGAAGAAGCGAAGAAGAAUGGUGCACCAUCCGAUAUCGCACCACUUUUCCCACCUACUUGCCCUCCACAACAAGGAGAUGCCCAAGAAAUUGCCAAUAAAUUAAACCAACAAGAGCCUUUGACAAGGGAAGCCGCCGUUGCUAGAUAUCUUACGAUUUCCCAUCAAUUGCCGAACUUUGGCUGCGAAGUUUUUAAGACAAAAUUCGCGCCAAUUUCCGAAGAAAAAGUUCAACGCCAAGAUGGCUCAAUCGUCAUCGGACCGAAGUCUAUAGCCGUCCACUUACCUAAUGGCGAUGAAUAUAUGUCUGCUCCUUGGUUUAGAUUUAUUUCUGCAAAAUUACACUCAUCAUCAGUCGAUAUCAAGUACAUGGAACGCAAAGGCACUGAAGCAGAAAUUUCCUUAAAAGUCAAGAAAGCUUUCGACGUUUAUACUUUAAUUUCAGGAUAUUCUUCAAUUACUAAAUCACUCGGCGCUGAAUUACUUACAGAUGGUUUCGCCAAAGAAGACGAAGCCGCAUCUACAGCUACGAUUGAUCCUGCUAUCUUCAAACCGUAUUAUACUGCUGAUGAAAGCGGACAAUACGCAUUCUUCCCAGGAUCUACACAAGAAUUCAAGAAAUUCUACGGAGAUAUCGAUGACAUCUGCGGCCGUGAACCAGAUUCAGGUCGUAAACUUAAAUCAUUAAAUGAAGCACUCAGCAAGAACGAAGGAGACGUUUUAACACGCCUUAGAAUCAUCAGAGUCAUUUCUGAUCUACUUAAAGUCCGUGGACAUAAUGAAUUUUUGGAUGAAAUCAAAGCAAAGAAAGCUUUAGCUUCUUUGAGCACAAUGAACAUCAUUCCAGCUCAAAUUGAUGCUAUGAUUGAGGGAAUCAACAUCUUAAUUGAGCAUCAGAAGCUUCUUCGCGCUGAAAUCAUGACAAGAUUAGAAUCAACAAGAAAGAAGAAACUUACAACAUGGUUGGAUAUUCUUACAGAACAUGCAACCAAAUUCCAAGACAUAAGCAAGAAAUUAAAGUCUUGCCCAGCUUCUGGAAGUUAUCUUUACAAUGCUAAGAGCCAAUUGAUUCAAUUAACAGCAGACAUUGCUGGAUUAUCAUCAUUCAUCUCAUCUGUUAUCAAUUUAGCUCCAGACAACUCUUACAUUGUUGCUAUCGAACAAUUUAUUCUGAAAUUACAAAAAGUUACAACACCAAUCAUCCCAGAUCUUCCAGAUAAUUCAAUUCCACACCUCGUUGCCUUAUACAAUGCCAAUUUCUACGUUGGAAUUUCGAUUGGCCUUAUUAAUAAGAGUCUUUCCGAGCCAUAUGUUGCGAAUAACAACGACUUAGUGAACAAAAUCACCAAAUCCGCGGAAGAUUACUACAACAAGUAUUGCCAAAUCAAUACAUUACGCUUAGAUCUCAACCGCCGUCCAUUUUCAAUGAUAUUUAACAACAAAAUGGUCGAAAACCUCAAUGAUCUGAAGCAUUCCAUCUUCUCCGUUAAGCCUCAUAUUGAUAUGGUAUCCGAAAUCGCGGGAGUUCCCAUUUAUUCACAAGGAUUGAACUACUCAGCGACCAUGAUUGACAAAGCCAUCACCGCUUUUGAAGGAAUCCGGAUUUCUCCAUACCGAAUUAUUCCAUCCAAAGAAACUGUCCUUCAAACAGUCGAAAUGCUUGAAGAUAUCAGUUCCAAACUCACUGAUGCAUCGAACAAAGCUGGUGAUGUCAACCAAGAGUUCCUUUUCCACCUCAAAGACACAGAAACAGCCAUGAACAACACAGCUCUUACUCUUAAAGUUUCACAAGUUUCCAGAGCCACAAUGAGUAACAUUUCCAAGGUAAACGAACAUACCAAAUGGCUUCUGACCAAUUUGCAAGAAGUUUCAAGAAUAAUCGGAAAUGCAUCCAUAAUUCAUCAAAUUAACAAACUUAUGCAGCAUUGUGACAAUAUAUUGGCAUUGCAUACACCAUCCUUUGAUGAAUACCGUGAUUUGAUGACACAAUCAAAACAAAUUGUUUACGAACAGAACCACAAUGACUUAAUCAUGGAAUUCGAGAAGAUGUUUAUGAAUCCAUGUUACGAGGAUCAUCUUCCUUCCCUUUACAAGUUAUCUACAUGGGUAAAAGACACAUCAAGUUACGAUCCAAAUCCAGAAACAAUCAAAUGCAUCACACAAAUCAUGCAGUUCUUGGAUUGCGCGUGGCAAGUUCCUUUAGACGAGAAAUACACUCCACAACCAUUAGUUUUAUUCCCAUUCUUCCAAGGAAAAGACGCAAUGAAGAUGACAUCAGAAUUAACACAAGAAAUCACUGAUAUAAAGAAUUAUAUCAAAGAUUUACUCAAAUUCGAAUUGAUUUCGAAGAACGAGACAUUGGCUGCCAAUAUCAAUCAUUGGGCCACUUAUUUCGAGACACAAUCAUCAAUGAUCGAUGGUUUGCAACAACAUGAAAACACUUUGAUUUCUCGUUUGAAAGACAUUUUGAGGAAAUCUUCACAAAUCAAAUUAUUUGCGAAGAACAUUAUUUUGUAUGUCAAUGAUUCUAAAUUCCUUGAAGCAAUGAAUACAUUCUUUAGUAACAUUGACUUAAUAAUAACAAAACUCAAACAGCCACAAAUUGGAAAAUCAGCUUCUGCAAAAUUCCAAGAAAAAGUUUUGCCACUUUUGAACCAAUUUGAAGUUCAAAUCUCGAGAGUUUUAACAGGAAACACAAUUUCCGAUGAUAGGAACUUAACUGAGAAACUCAGAACACUUAAACAAAUGAUUUCUCAGAAGAUGACUGAUGCUCAAUCUAAUGAUAUCAACAAACAACAGAGUUUGAGUGAAGAAUUGCAUCAAUACAUAUUAAGUAUUCUUCCUGAAUGCAGACAGAACCAGCAAUUGAUAGAACUCAAUGCACAAAUGAACACUUUGAAGUCAGGAUUAAGUGAAUUCACAAAUACAGGAAUGAUGAAGCUCGGACAAAGUGGAAUUAUUUCUAGUUCAAUGUUCUUCACGAUGACAAUUGAUCCUCAAGAUAUUUCUGAUAUCUUUAAUAACUACAUUAAUAAUAAUGUUGACGUCAAACAGUUACAAGAAAUAUAUUCAGAAAUAACUAAGGAAAUUUCUGCUUUGGAUCAACCUUCUGCUUAUAUUUCAAAUGUUUUGACAAAUGUCAACAUCAAAAAUAAAAUUAAUGAAACAAUGCGUCUUAUUAUAGAAAACCAAGAUUCGGAGCAUCAAAAGUCAGAACAGUUAAAGAUAUUGACACUUUACUUUGCAAAGGAAAUGACAAAGAAAUUACUCCAAUUAAAGGAAUUCGUUGAUCAAAGUAAUAUAAACAUGUGGUCGAAGAAAUCAAAGUUUUAUUUGACAAUGUUGAGAAAUUGUCUUAAAACAUUCGAUUACGAGAUGCUGAAUAAUUAUGUAACAUUCACAUCUAUUUGUAUGACUUAUAAAUCAUUCAAAGAAAUAAGAAAUAUCAUUGCUAUUCUCAUUGCCAUGGAUAUUGAUGACGAAAUCAAAAUUUAUGGUGAAGAAUUGAUGUCAAUUGUUGAUCAAUUUGACAUUUCUUUGAAACUUUAUUUCUUCCAUCACUUGGAAUUAAUAAAGCGUGAAAUGAACCAGAUCCAAGAAAGCAACGAAAAGGCAAAGCAGAUUUGGGAGAAAAUGAAAUCAUUCGAUGAAUAUUUGACAGAAAAUUCAAUUUACAUCCAACAAAGAUGGAUUUAUUUGUCAGAAUUGUGUCAAAAAUUCAUUGAAAUUGAAAACGAUUUGACAGAUUUAGCCAAUGAAUUACAGAAUCCUAAACUCAUCAAGAGCUUGAAUGCCGUCAUGGAGAUUAAUUAUAUCCUUAAAUAUUGGACGAAUGCAUUUGAUUUAACUGAUGAUGAAUUGAGGAAUUCUAUUUUGAGUAAUUUGUCACUUGUCAAGGGCCAGUUCAAGAAGAUUGAACAGACAUUGGGUGAUGAUGUAAUGAGUGUUCCUUUCGUUACAGCAACACCUUUGUCUUACAUUUCUAGGACUCUUUUGUUGAUGUCGAAAUUCAAUCAAUUUAAUGAUUACAAAGAAAAAAUUGAGAAAUCUUAUUACUCAAUUUUGAAGGACAACAUUCAGUUGUUCUCAAAUGAUGAUGCUUAUUUAGCUGAUUUAGAAUUGCAAGAGAUUAUUCCUCAGACUAAUUACAAUCUCUCUAAACUACUUGAGCAAGUUGAAGAAUAUAAUAAACCAAAUUACGAAAAUUUACCAACAUUAAAGAACAAAGAAGUCCAAAGAGUUGUUGAAGUUAUUUUGACUUGUGUAGAAAGACAUGAUUUCUACAAAUACGCUAAAGAAAUCUGUGACGCAAUUACAGAAAAAGCCAAAGAAAUCGAAGAAAAAGAUGAUGAGGAAUCAUUGAAGAAAUCACUGAAAUUGAAGAAGAUUUUAGUUGAUAUUCCUAAAUAUGUUUUCGUUUCUUUGAAUGACGCAAAGAGAGAUUUGAUUGAUUACAUCAACAUGAUAACAGAAGAUGAAUCUAAGAUUGAAGAAAUUUAUCCGAAAUUCAUCGCUUCACUUUUGAAAGUUAUGCCGUCAGUUCCACAAGAAACAGCCGAGAAACUCGAUAUCAUUCCACAGAACUUCGUGAAAUCAACAGAAGGACUUGUUAAGUCAACGAAACUGUUGAAGACUUACUUGAGUUUCCUCGAAAGCGACGGCGAAAAGAUCAAGAGCGAAAUCACUCAAUCAACAGUCAAAAUCAUCGAAGCUCUCGAUACAGAGAACCCACAACAGAUCUACAAGACAAUGCAGGAAUUCAUCGCUCUCAACUGCGUAGUCAACGACAGAAACGAAAAGAGCGAUUUACUCACAGGAAUCAUUGAGAAUUUCUCAACAUUCCAAGCUGGAAUUGAAGAAACAGUUUCAAAGAACGAAACGAACUUGGACGAAAAGACAAAGGAAGGAGUGUUAGAGAUGAAGAGGAAGUUCAUUAUUAUGAUCACAGGAGCAACUAUGGAUGUUGCAGAAUCAAUCCAGAAAUCAUCAAAUAUCGAUUCCAUUUUGGAUGUCAGAAACAACAAGAAUCUCUCUGCCAGGACACAAAUUGGCCAAAUCGAUCCAUCAAACAUCGAUGCCAGAAAACAUUUGUUGCAUGUCGCUGCAAACAUGCAGUUGUUGUCACAGAGAGGUCUUGAAGUUACUCCUCAAACACCAUUGACAUUCUACAGAGAAUAUCUUUCUUUGUUCGAUCAGUCGAUCGCUUCAUUCAACACUUUGUUGAAGGAAGACGCAAAGGAACAAAAGAAAGGACUCAGAAUCUUCAAGAGAAUCGUAGACAACUUGGGUGAUUUGAAUGAUGAUUUGAGCUUGGAAAUUUCAAGUUCUCAAUUGACGAAUUUCGAAGAAAUCAUCAGAAAAUUCUUCAGAGUUUCAACAGAAAUCGAAGCAUCAAUUGCUUUGAUCAAUGCUGCAUUUGCAACAGCGAAGAUUCCUCAGUCAUUCUCUUUAGUUGUCACAGAACAGAAUCCAAUCUUCAAAUCUAAAAUCGAAGAAUUAAAGAUUGCUGCUCAAAAUCUCACAGAAAAGAACACAAUUUCUGAAUUCAAUGAAGGAUUCAAUGAAAUGUUGGUUGAAGCUAUUAACGUUAUUCUUAAACUCGUCGACAUCAAACACAACAUUGAGUUGAUGGAGUUGACGAAUUUGGAGCAAGAAAUCACUUCUAAAUUCGAAAAUUUGGCUUCAAUUGCUCUUCAAAUGACAGACGAAGUUAAGUUGAAAUACGACCCAGUUAACUCCGCAAGAGUUCCAAUUAAGUUCAAGAUGCCGAAGCUUCCUGAUGUCGAUGAUUCUGUCCAGAUACAACAAGUCAGAGAAGAAAUCAUUGCAGCGAAAUCGAAACUUGAUUCUGACAAAGAAACUCUCAAGAAAUACUUCAGCCAAUUCAACCCAGAUUCAACCAAAUUCACUGAUGCAACACUUGAAUUUGAGAAUGACAUGUCUGAGUUCAUCCAAAAGAUCUUUGUUUUGUCAAUCAUCACAACGAAUUUGCAGAUGCAAAGUUAUUUGACUUCUGUUGCUUCAAGAUUAAGUACUUGUGCAAAUAACAUCAACCACAGCACAAGGAAUUUCUUGAUUGCUGUUCCAACAUGGUCAGCAAAUGCAGAACAGGAUUUGUCUUGCAUAGAAACAGAGUUGAAUGUCGCUUUGAGUUUGUUGGAUGCGGCUGUUGAAUUUAACGAACAACACGAACUGAACAAAGAUGCAAGAAAAGCCAAAUUCCUCGAAGCUCUCAAACCAAUUACAGAAGCUUCUCAGAAGGCGAAAGAUGCAAUCAAAGCAGUCGAAAGCAACCAGGACGAAAUGUUCAAGACGAUGGCAACAAACAUGUUGAACAUCGCUUUGGCUGGUUGCCACGCUGUUUCAACUGUUUUGCUCAAAGCGAAAGACAGCGAAAGAACAACAUCUUCUCCCGAUGAAAUGUGCGAACUCGCUGCGAAAGUCGCUGAAGCAGUACUUAAAGCAGCAGCUGUUGUUAACACAGAUGGAAUUGUCGAAAUCACAGCUCCAUUUGCUGAUGCACUCGACAAGUUCAACACAACAAUCACCGCGAAGAAUGCGGAGACAGAAUCAAUGAGUAACACCAUCAAACAAGUUGCAACUGGAGCAACAUCACUCGAGGAAACAAUUAAGAAAGCAAUCGCAAAGAGCAAAGUCACAAAGAAAGUUUCCGCUGCUUCUCAGAAGUCGCCAGAAGAAAGGGCAAAGGCACAAGAGAAUCUAAUGAGAAGAUUAGAGCUCGAAUCAAAUGUCCACAGAAACAGAUGGUGGCUUGAACAUAAUGAGAAAUAUCUCAAGAGUUUUGACUAA